AUGGCGCUGCUACUACAUCUGUUGGAGUACCUCCUACACAAACUAGGAAUUAAAAAGUACGUUAAGGGAGUGAAGCAUAUAUGCAUGAAUAGUAUUAAGCAUUUCAUUCUGGAAGAAUUGGAGCUGACCCCCUUCUCAGUUAGCCUCCUUGAUGAUCUAGUGAGAAACACACAGAAGAGAGGUUUGUUAAAGAGGAGUAAUCGACACCAUAAGGAAAAGGGUACGUUUGGUGAAUAUUUAGCUUACCUGGAUUCUCUAAGGGAGAAGAAACACCAACUCAGCUUUAACAUUUUCUACGUUGGUAGAAUGGAGGUGGACUGGGGGAUUCCCUCCUCCGGGGGCAGAAGCAGGAGUGACGAUGUGCGCGAUGCAAGCCUCUACAGUGGUCUGACCGCACAGAUGGAAAACGUAUUCGUGAGUGUGAAGUUGGAGGAGGAACCCCACGCGGGGGAGUCGGAGAGAAGACGAAGGGGAACGAACGGGAAAAAGACAAACACGAUUAGAGGCACGACUGGGCACAACAUGGGAAGAGCGAAAAGGGAAGGUGAAGGUAGCGACACGGAGGAUAGACACGAACCCGCAAAUAUCAGAAGGAGUUUCCCUGUUGUCCUUCUCCUCUUGGCCAUUCUUUACCUCAACAUCUUCAGAACGAAACUGUAUACUAUGGUCUGCACCCUCAUCAAGUACAUCACGCAUAAAAUAAUAAAAGGGGGUCUCCUGCGCCUUCUCAAAGAAAUUCUUUUCAAAGUAGCCAUGCAAUACAUGCUCUGCUUUCACAUAAAAAACAUUAAUAUUGUUUUAGAGGAUACACUACUAAAUGGAAAAAAAAAAAAUUUCCUUUCUGUACACAUGAAUGAAGUUCAUGCUGACAAUUGUAGCUUUAUCCGCAUGAGGGAGAGAGAGGAAAGUCACUUGAGGGAAGUGAAAGGCAAUCGAAACCUCAUCAAAAACGGGAAGAAUAUUAUUUACAACGAUGGGGGGGGCACACUGCACAGAAAUUCCUAUAUGGACUUACUUAAACUUAACAUAAGGCAGAUCAGUGUAUAUCAAGAUGGAAGGAAUCAACACAUCAGUAGCAGCGACAUAUGUAUGGACAAAUUUAAAUACAAGUUUUUUUUCUUUUAUAACGUGAAGGUAACACAUCAGAGGGAGUGCUUGUUGAAGGAGACGAACCUUCUAUGUGACCUGUCGAAGGAGAGGAGUAGCCAGAGGUAUCUUCUCAGUGUCGUCACCCCGGGCAUUCAACUCGACCUCUCGAAUGAUAGGCUAUACACCUUGUAUUUGUUUUUGUAUAAGUAUGUCUGCAUUGCCAUGGGAGAUAGCUUUCAGUCGGAGGGGGAGCACCCUCAUAGUGACGAACCCCGGAGGGAGAUCACCGGGGUACAGGAGAACUUGUAUCGUAAGCAUCGAAGAGGAAGAUGUCGCAUUACGGAAGGAAGGAAAAUGCUGGCGUUCGAUUUUCACAUGGAACAAUUCAAAGUGAAUUAUGCAUACAGCGGGGGGAAAGACUCCCUUUGUUGUUCCUGCAAAAACGUGGAACUUUCGUUUGCAUUACAGGAGGAGAGUUGCUUUCCACCGGUGUGCGGCGGAUGUAGCGCCUUCGGUGGAACACAGGAGGGAUCGGUGAAAACUCUCACACUGCACAACUUCACCUAUUCACUGGAUUCAUUUUCCAUCACAGAGUCGUACUCAUGUUUGUCCCUUAUCGUAAGUAAAGUGAAGGAGGAGUUGCUUCGGUUCAACACAAAAAAAAGUUAUGCCUUCAAGAAGGUCAUCUACAACGAUACCUUAGACACCACGUACGCAGAGUACGCCACUGUUACCGCCGCUUUGGCUGAUAGAUACAGAUCCUUUGCAUCAUCAAGAGGGAAGAGCAGACACUGCUUCACCAUACAGGUUCAUAGGAGGCGUGAACGGAAGGGGAGAAGAUCGAGCCAGUACAACAUAGGUUUGAAAAUUGAGUGCAUCAACCUGGUGGUCAGUCGAGUGGAUAGGUUCUGCGCGUUGGUGGGAAGUUUGUUGGAGCGCGAUCUCUUCGUCUUGCAUCAUCAUUUGGGCAUCAGCGGUGGAAAGGAAUCAAUUCCUAAUCCACAAAGUAGCAACAAUAAUAAGAAUAGGAGGAGUAGCAAUGCACAGUGUAGUCAUCCACUUAGUAGAAAUAAUUUGGAGUAUCCUGUCCCAUCGUUGGUUCACAUAAACGCGCAAAUAAAACGGAUCAAGGUGGAGCUAACGAAACUGCGAGCGCCCACAUUGCUCCUGUGCUUGGACCAAACUCUCCUACACUUCACAAACCAGAACAUAAUGAAUGUGAAGAAAAAGGAAAUGCUAAAGUUUCGGAUAAGGCAGGAUUCUCUCCUAAGGAAAGAAUUAAGGACCAAGGGGAAAGCUAUCCACAGUCAUUUUAACCUAGCCUACAGAAUAGCAAAUAUAUAUACCUAUCUGAAGGAUGGCAAAAGCACACACAUUUUGGUUUUCCCAUUUACUUUGUUCUUCACUCUGCAUAAUACUGAAAUAUAUACAGUAAAAAUUUCAAUCAUUUCGCUAAUCGUCGAGAUGAACAGCCAGGUUUUAAAUUUAUUAAAAAAAUUAUUUUUGGGCAAUGAGGAAUAUGCGCAGAGGGAGAGUGAUCAUCGGAGCGAAACUGCGUACUUCACAUCGGAGGAAUUCGCUCUGGAUACAACUCCCAUGUGUUACCCCCUUGGAAGAGAAAAACGUGAAAACGUGCCAACAAUGAUGAUGCAUACAAAGCAAGAUAUUAUGUCCAUGCAAGAAGAACUGAACUUCCUCUUCGGGGCACUAGAACUCUUCUUCGAUAAUGAGCAAGUGGCCAAUGAAACGAAUGAGGAAAACGAUUAUGUAAGCUCUUCCUUUAGCAUUACAUACGUACUAAACUUUUUUAUUAACAUGAGGAUAAAAUUUGCCUGUCGCCAUGUGAAUCUCUUUUUCUUCCUAUGCAAGGAAGACAUACCCAAUAUGAAGAAGAAAAAAAAAAAGAAAAUAUCGAACGUUAUAAUUUUUCUACAACCGGAUGAAGCAAGAUCGAACCGGUUAGAUAUGUCGAAAGGUACAGAGAAGUAUAUGGAAGCUUUUCACCUCAAGUUCAGAUCAGAGAAGACCAUUUUUCAUUUUUUCGCCACGAAGAAAAAAAAUUCCUACCUCCUUAAGAACAAACUAUAUAUAUGUGGUUUUGCUUCAUUUUGUAAUUUUAAUAUCCGCUCCAUUCCUUUGCGUUUUGAAUCCCUCAUGGGGGUGAGGGUGUACUCUCUUGCUGACCCCCCGGGCGAAAGGAGCAUUGUAAGACUGAGACCGCGUGGUGGGUACAUCCCUAGUAACGUUGCAGGUAAUUUGGUAGGAGGGGAAGGGAUCAAAGAAAGUUACACUAGACGAAGGCAUCACCUGAACGGUUGCUCUCAUCCGAAGGGUGGAUCCCCCGCGCUGAUCCUGAGACACCAGUGUCAUCUGACCCAAUAUAAGGAGUUCAAAAGACAGGGCGUGAAGAACAAGCACGUAAUUGCAUGUUACGUGGAGAGGCUCGAUCUGUACCUGCACGACUUCCUCCUGAACGUAGCUUACUACGCGUAUUUACAUUUGUGGAGAGUGAAAGGGGUGGAAGAUAAUCAUGGAGGAGCCAAUAAUUUCAUAAAACGCCCAUUCAAAAAUAUUUUUCCGUCCGAAUGGCACCUCCUGCACCUUCAAAGGAAUAACAAUACAUUCUACAGAUCUGUUACGAAGAAAAUAUUAAGAUUCAUAUUUUACUUGAUCGUGAAGAGAAUUACGUGCUCGUUUCUUUUUAUGGAAAAAAGGGGCAUGGAAGAGGAUCAGCGACUCUUGCUCGAGCAAGGGAAGAAGCAUUUUAAGAUUCAGACAAAUUGCCUUGUCGUGAAGUUGAGGAGUCACCUAGUGAACAUGGAAACAGUGAAGGAGUCGGGUGGGCAUGCGUGCAGUCAAGCAGUGAAAGAAUUAGCAAAUGUGCAAACAGAGAAAUCUAUCUCUAAGAAAGAACAAAGGAUUGUAGCUUCCCCCGAUGGAAUGACCAAUCAACUUCCUCCCAUACAAAGAUAUCUUACCAAAAGAAUAUACGAGAGGAAAGAACGAAGACCCGCAGAAAGAUGCGCCUCGCGAGGUAAGCAUCAUUUCUAUGUGUGUAAAUUAUCCUUUCACAUGUUUGUAAAGGAAACUACUGUAAUGAGGUACAUAGUGGGGGGGAGAGGAAUGAAAAAGGAGAAGGAACCUACAUGGGAGGAGAACCUUUCCAACACAUCCAUUAGGAGCGCGAUCCCCUCCAUUGGUCAAUUCCACCACGCAUCGCAACGGAGUCUAAUUUCCAAAGAAGCAUCGACAGAAGUGGUGAAGACCCAGCCGGCAUAUAACCUCCACGUACGGAGAGUUAACCACGGAAGAACGAAAAAACUAAAAAGAAGGAACGUUUUCGUAAAAAUUGAGAAAACAAAUUUGAUCCUUUCGGAUCUACUUAACAUGGUUAUUUAUUUGAGCAUCCACAGGGUGAAAGUAUCUUCUCAUGUGAAUGUCUUGGAUUCAUUAAAAAGAUACAUCGAAACUAUUAAGGAGAGCUUCCAGAACCCGUUUUUUAGAACCCAUUUUCCGAUAGAUAGAUUGACGACUGAUAGAAGUGCAUAUGAAGAUGUGAAAGAUUUUAUAAAAAGGAGGAAGAAGUAUGCGCAUGGAGGGAGGCUUACCAUGGAUGAACUCAGCACGGAAGACAUCUACCCAAUGGAAGAGAACGGAAGAAAGAAUAUGUCCAUGUGGUACGAACAAAGUGGAACGCUCUUCCAGGUUAGAAGGGUACACAUUGCUGUACACAGGGUUACCUGGAGUUGCAUCUACUUUGUACGUCCAUUUGGGGAGGAAGGAAUCACCAAAAGUAGAGGUGCUAACUGUUCAGGUGAAGUAACUAACAAAGGAAAGCUAAAAAAGAAGAAGAAGGAAAAACUUCUAUUGAAAACGAAAAAAGCAACAUUCUUUUUUUCUCGUACUUGUAAUGUUACAAAUCAGAGAAGAAAAGUCGAACAAAUGGUUUAUCUAGUGAAAACUAAUCUUUGUGAUAUCCGCUUGUUUUUGAAAGGACUAGAGGAUGCAAAGAAGUUCCUUAUUUUUCAAUCUAAUUAUUUGAACGUGGGAAGUCAAGUGAGGUUUCAGUUCUUCACGAGGAAAGUGUUUAGAAGAGGUGUACAGAUGGUUAGGGGGAUCAGACAUAGAGUGGGUAGAAGGUGGAAGAAGCGAACUGAUGAACCAUUCAAUUGCGUCCAGCGAGCGGAUCACCCAUUCGUACAUUUGCUCUGUCCUUCCAUAACAGGUUCGAUGUGCAAAGGGAAAGUUCGUCUCUUCUUUAAGAUGUUGAAAUGCUUGAAGAGAAAAAUAAGAACCCGCAAGAGUGAUGCGUUCUGUUCUUUCUCAGAGCACAAUGAACGCGAACCGCACAGAGUGCAUGUGAAAACGGUACUAAAAUCGUACAGUAGUAAGGGGGAGAAGGGCGGCGAUGGUCGUAUCGGAAGUGAUCCCUCCUUCAACGUUCUUCUGAAUGAGAGAAACGUGGUCUCGUUAGUUAAUUUGUAUGCGUGCAUGAUGGAGUUGGGCGUGAAGGCGCAGCGCGUCCUUCGCAGGUACGGUUACCGACGUGAUGGGCGUGAUGGAGGUGAGCGCCGAGGUGGUCGCGCGUGGCCCAAAAUGCGAAGCAAACAAUUCGCACGAAUCAUUCGUAGAGUACACGCCAAACAUAGGUUGAAGAAGAUGUGGUCCGCAGCAGGGGCGGAUGCGCUUAGGCGAGGUAGAAGAUCAGGUGUCCACUCACGAAAUGGUCCCUCUGUGGGGGCAAAGAAGGCAACGAAGAAAAGGGGGAUCGAAUUACCUAGCGGAAGAGUGAGCAAAUGGGUUCAUCAGAGAAGUGUCCAUAUGUCAACGCAGAGGAAUAUCCACGCCCCUCCGCUUUCCCUUGUGGAUGCACUGCUUAAAUCGGUGAGUUUUAAACUAAAGAAUAUUUUUUUGCUAUUCCACACGGAUAGGGAGAACGCCUUCCUGGGGGCGUACGUAGGCGGCCUCAAGGGGGAACUCACAAGGAAGGAAAGUAGAAGAAUCAAACAAAAAACGAUGCACAAUUUUAGGUACCUGCAUGACAUGAAAGAAUUGCUUCUAUUUAGCAACAACGAUUAUUUUGAUGGCAAGGAGAAGGUAUACCUAUUUGAGAUGUUUAACACUUUGUCAAAGCGAAACUACCAAAAUUGUAUGAACAUGUUCAUAUUUUUUUUAAAAAAAAAAAAACUAAAUUUUCAAGUAGUCAACUUGAAGAAGAGGAUAAAGUGCAUUGGUGAACAAUGCAACGACAGUGUGUUGCUCAUGAGGAAAAAUAUUUCAAGUGAAGAGAGAAAAGUAGUCGACCAGGUAGAGAAAACACAAACGGUGUUAGGCAAACGGAAAGGUAGCAUGUUUAUGAGGAAUGAAGGGAUAGUGAAUAAAGGGUUAGCACACACAGAGGAGAGGAAGGAAGAAGCAGGCGUGUCACUUCCAACGGGGAGGAAAACACAAGAUAGGCGGAAAGGAAAACUAUAUAUAAAACGAUGCACAGAAGGGUGUACAGAACGAUGCACAGAACGAUGCACAGAACGAUGCACAGAACGAUGCACAGAACGAUGUAGGCCUCCCCCAUCCGAAGUGACAACCGUUUUGAAGAGAACACUUUCAAACUGGAAGGAGCUACUUAAGGAGUACUUCACGAAUGUUAACUAUUACGAAAGGAGGUAUAGAAAAGUGGAGAACAAGAAUACCAUUCUGUUUGUGAACAAGCGUGUCCAUUUCGGUGUUGAGAAGAUAGUUCGUUGCACGUGGAGUGCAUUGGAGUCGAUAGAGGAGAGAGCCAAACUGAUCAGCUCGAGGAAGGAAAUUAAUCAAAGUGGAAAAAUGUGUGUAAAUGUCAAGUACGCAGUUAAAGGAGAUCCUGCUCUUAACAUAACAGUGAAGCACACAUAUAGAGAUGUUUGCUUCUUCCUUCCCAUGAACACCCUUGUCUGGUUGUAUAAAAUUGUGAACACAUCGAGAAUUUGGAAAGUUUUUCAUUUGUUGUCCGCUCAGAAACCCAGACAAACGAAACAACAUGGUAAAGCCACACAGGGAAAGAAUAAAAAACAGCUUUUUCUUUCAUACCACUUUAAAAUAUUUGUUGCUAAUUUGAAUGUUCAUUUUUUGUCUUCGUGUACCUACCUUAUGGAUAAUGUUAAAGAGAGUGGAGAGGAAAUCUUACACGAUAUGUGUCUCGUGAAGGAAAAAACGAGACGCGCCUACACCAAUGGACGCAUCGAAAUUGGUGAUAAAAGAAAAACAAGCAGAGGUAACCAUGUAAAGGAAGACAGUCACAAGGCGUUUGGUCAGGAAAGGAUAAAUGAGUUGCAUAGACGGAAGAAAGAAGCUUCUGUCAAUGUACCACAAAAACUGAAGAAAGGGAAAAAAGAAUACAUUUAUGUGAAUACCCCCGGGGGUGAGGACCAUCAUCCAUCCUAUUUAGGUGAUGAACGAGGAGUGGAACGGAAAAAUGUCUACUUGGUGAAACAAAAAAAAAAAAAAAAAAAUUCUGAUAGGAAUGUGGGGAGAAGAGUAUUCCUGUACGACUUGGUGUUGAACACUAGUGUGAAGGUCGACAUUGAGAAAAAAAAAAGGAAAAGGAAGAGGGCCAUUCGGACGAAUGACAAUCACCUUCAUGUGGAACAACGGAAAGAAGCGCAGUGGAAGCAUACUCCUCACGGGGAAAAUCGAGCAAAAAGAGAAAUGGUAGAAAAGAGAACCCUCGUUGACGUAAACAAAACGCACUGUAACAUAAAUAUGCAGCGUUUAAGAAUUAAGUGUGGUCUCCUACAUGCUCCCCUAACUGCUCACAGGGCGAUCAAUGUCAUCCGGGUGGAGAAGGUAGACAUGUCAUGCAAUCAGGCAAAGCACCACAAGGUGUACUUGAGUUUGGUGGGCAUCCGGAAAUUUUAUUUGCACCGUUCUGGGCCAAUGUCAACCCAGUAUAUGGUCAGACAGAUAGAGGGGCGUAGAAGUAUCGUGCAGCACGAAGAUGAACCGCACAUUAAUGUGAUAUGCCUGCGAGGGUUCUGUCUGUACAACGUGGUGGAGUUUAUGAACACCUUGUGCUUCUUUACGAAUGUCAACUAUGUACUUAAUCGUGGAGAAUCCUUACACAUAAAGUCGGGUGACAAGAACAAGAAGAAUAUCUCCCCCAAAGUUUUCACGCCCACCUUCGCAGCCAUGAAUGACAACCGCUUAUCAGAAGAGGGGGGAACAGAGGAAGAGGGGAUCAGCACGUUGAAACAAACUGAUUCUUUCUCUUUCGUCUCGCAGAGGAACAGUACCCAGAGGGGCGUCACUACUCCACUCAGUAGUAAUUCCUUCUCUAAUUUCGCAUUAUCGAGGAGGGGUUACAUGUAUGGAGGAACCGGGAGGGGGACUCACCCAUUGGGAGUAAGAAGCACUGGGACACACGGAUCAAUCCAGGCGAACCAAGCGAUUAAUUCUAAUCGCAAGAAUAAGGCAACCAAAAACGUCGACGGGCUGAUCACCCAUAAUCCUUGGAACAAGCACUUGAAGAAUACCGGAGAUGAUUGGAAUGAAGGAAAAAUAGAUCCCCAUUCUAAAGUAUUUGUAAAUAAGAAUUGUGUAAGCCUAAUUCUGAGCUCAGUAUCAGUGGGCAUUAACAACAACGACUUGCUAAUAUGGAAGUUUCUGGUGGAGGAUUUGGAGGAUCUAGGAAAGCAGCUGCGGGGGGGGAGAGUGUACACGUGCAGGUACAGUUACCGGGGGGUGGUGAUUUCGUCCAAAUUCCGCAAAGGGGUACGCGGUAAUAGGGGUGUUACUAAAAAUGGUGGUAAUGGUGGUACUAAGAAUGGUGGUAAUGGUGUUACUAAGAAUGGUGGUAAUGGUGUUACUAAGAAUGGUGGUAAUGGUGUCACUAAUCGUGGCAAUGAUCCUUCUGGGAAGGCGCCCGUCCAACCGCUCACACGAACGACAAACAAGCUACAUAUUAAUGUAGACUUGAUGAAGGUGUCCUUCCUAACUCUGGGGUACCUCCACGAACUAUUCUCCAUAAACAGUGUAAACAACCAACUUUCCCUCAGAAGCAGAUACAGAAAGGGGAAAUUAAAAAAAAAACAAAUGGACAUAAGCAUGAAACAGAUGAAUGCACUGUGUCUAGACGUAAUACAUUUGAAGAACUUCCUUUUUAAAAAUUCAAGGAAAAUUCCAUUCGUCGAUUCAUUCGAUCUUUCAGUGCAUUACAAUAUGGAUGAAAAUAAAAAAAAGAAGCUUUGGAUUUAUAUAAAAAAUGAUGUACACGUUUAUAUGGGAAGAGGAAUAAUAAAUUUCUUGUUUCUCUUCAAACAACAUUUUGUUAUUUCCCAUUUCGCUUACCAUGAGUGUGUACUUUGUAUUCAAGGGAGUAACGAGAAGAUAAAGACCAUCAGGGAUUUUCGGAAUUCUGUUUCUUUGCAAAAUAAGUUUCACAAAGAGUUGGUAAUGGUAAAAAAUUACACUCCCUAUAACUUGGCCUAUGAGUAUGAGGAGAACGUUGGCUUUGUGAAGAAGAAUCAGGGUAGUGUCAUUAUGUGUGGUAAUUUGUUUUUUCUCCUCAUUUACAGUGUUGAGGAUUCCAGUUUGAGGAAGAAAAUUUUCUUCAAAGGGAGGAACUACCUCUCAGGAGGGAACCACCACAAUCCUGAUAAGUACGGAGCGCACUUUGGAAAACAAUACAGACACCAACACAGGAAAGAGGACCCACUCCAUAAGAAGACACUGAAUGAGAAAAAUUAUUUACACAUCGAUGUAGGCAUUCAUGAUAAUAAAAAGUGUAUAUACGUUUACCCCUGUUUUUUUGUGAACAUUCUUUUCGAUGAGUACCUGAAACCAGAUGCCUCCUCUAUAGUCGGUGAUUCCACGUUGGCUAUGAACGAUCCCUCCUCAACUACACGGGAAAAAAAAAAAAAAAAAAAAUUUCUCCAUUUGAAGUUAAAGUUCAUAAAGGCCAACACCAUAAACACAUGCGUGGUGAAGGACAACCAGAGUGCCUUUAGUGUCCCAUUCCAUUUUAUGAAUCAAUGCGAAUUCAUUCAGAUUAUCGUGAAGAUGUACAAUGACAAGCUUUAUGUGAGUAACAAAAUGAAGUACUAUCAAUUUCUGAAGCUGAGGAGGUAUGUCUUUAGAGACAUUCACGACUGCGUCCAUGUGCUCUAUUGCAACUUCUUCUUCCUGGUGAAGAAACGCGCGCACGGCAUGGCGAAGAUAAAAGUAGAGGAGGAAAAAGGAAAAGGCUUACAACAGUUCAAAGAGGAACAUUUGCAUCCAGCCCGACGAUCCGACGCAGAAGAAGUUAAGUACUCCAAAAUAUUCAGUGUCGUGAGAAUUUUACAAAAUAACGUGCAUAUCCUCUCCAUCCAAAAUAGCAUGAAGAUAAUCAACCUCACUCCAUUCAACAUCAAUGUGUUGUUAAAGAGGGAAAAGGGAAGAAUAAAAACGUACAGCAUACGCAGUUUCGAUUAUGUAAACGUAUAUCACUUUUGCUUUGUCGAUAAUCUCAUUCUGAACUUUAGUCUAUCCUUCUAUCGCCAGUGGAUAAAGUUUUUCAGAAUAAACAAUGAGGCAUAUUUUGCGCGUGCGGAAGUAAAACGGGAUUUGUUCGUGGCUACCAACGGGGGAGUGCUUGGACAAACCAGGAGCACCCCCGUUAAUGAGGGAGAAACAGAACACCAUGCAAAUAUGAAAACUCUCCCCAAAAUUGUCUUCUUCGAUAUAGUUAAAUUUCACAACCUCUAUUUUGUGGUCUACAUAUAUAUGCACGAACACAAUUAUAACAUAGCCAUCAUAAGUAAGCACAAUAUUGUGAACUAUACGAGAAACGUUUUGCAGUACUACGUGUUGAACGAUGAGAAGAACUGUCUGGACGACCUGAAGUUUGAGUGCGAAAUUAAGAAGUAUAGUUUGAAUGAAACGUACACUGCACUGAAAAAGAAUUUACUUCUUCUUUCCCCAGUCAUGGAAAGGAGAGUGUUUACCAUGGACAAGGAUAUUUUAAAAAUAGAAGAAAAAAAAAAAAAAAUUGAAAAGGAAGAAAAAGACGAUAACAAACACCGAAUUAAAAACUAUUGCUUUAAUCAUCGCUUUGCUCUUAACAGUUACAACAAAACGAUGACAAACGAUUCUGUCUCGUACGAAAUAAAUAAAUCCUACACAAAGGUGAUACAGCUAAAUGAGGAGUACGUGACUUUGCGUGUGCACCACUUGCACUUUCAUGGUUUUGGCAUUUCGUUUAUUCAAUUUUUCCCUUACCUCGUUCUGGUUAACCUUACCAAGUACACCUUCGAGGUGAAGUCCAAGCCGCACGAUGUGUUGGAGAAGGAGCAACAACGGCGACAACAUCAACAAGGUCCACGGGAGAAGUUCGAUUCGAACGAAAGCGACGAUCUGAAUUUCAGCGAGCACUCCUGCUUUCCCCCCACGAGCGAGGAGGACUCGGGGUUCGAUCUGGGGGGGGAAAUGAAACCGUGUAAAGGAAACCACCAACAAGAGGAAAGGAUACCCAACCGUGGGAGAGGUGGUUCACGUGGGGGAGGUAGUUCACGUGGGGAAGGUAGUUCACAUGGAGGAGGUAGUUCACAUGGGGGAGGUGGUUCACGUGGAGAUGGUGAAGGAAAGAGCUACCUCGGUAAAAUCGCCGCCCUCUUUGAUGAAGAGAAGGUGGAGAGCAAACACCCUGACCGCACGAACCUCUUGGAGAGUAUGAGUGUGCAGGAGCUAAACAUAAAGAACAAAAGUGCGUGGGACUUUGUGAGUUUCAAAAUAAGGCAACAGGAGGGGGGAGGCGAAGUUCUCCUCGAUGAUGUGGUACCAGUGGAAGAACAACAGAGCGAGCAGGAACGGAACGUCUUGAUCAAAUCCCCCGUGAACCGUCGAGAACGUGCCAGUGUUGUUAACUACGCGCAAGCGCUGAAAGUGUUGACAAGGAAGGCCCACCAGAAGAGGGGGGGGCCGCGAGUAGUGAAGACCAAACACGUAAGGGGCAAGUACAUAAGGAUUCAUAAAAACUGCGCCACCUACUUUUACACGUACAAGUAUGCAUGCAUCUACACGAAGAACAACCAACCCCUGACGAUGGUGAAGGAGAAACUCUUUCACAUCUUCACCAUAGAGAAGGACAAAACAUAUUACAUCUUUAUUAAAAGAAUUCCGCUUGUAUCAAGACAGAUGGAGGGGGAGAGUAGUACGCCCAUUGGAAGAACCACCCCAAAGAAUGAACGCCUCACAGGGGGGAAAAUGAAAAGGUGUGAUAAUAACGAUGAUGACACAGAUGAGAUGGAGUGCACUUCUGAGGAAGGGAAGGAAGGUCCAACAGGGGAUGAGCCCCUCAUGGAGGAUACACCCCCUGUAGAGGAGGCCCCCCUUGGAACGCUCCGUUCAGCAGAGUACGAGCGCUCUCUCCAUGAAUACAGCCGCUUGAAAAAAUUGAACAUCGACCUUGUGACAUUCACAAAAAAGAACACAAUGAAGCGAAUUUUCCAAAGAUACAAGGAAAAGAUAAAUGAACAGGUGAAUAAAAAUGGAAGAAUACAUAUUUACAACAACUUAGAUGUUCCCUUCUUUAUCAACCCAGCUCAGAGUAGACAUUUAUUUUUUGUAAAAAAAAAGUAUGUACACUUCAAGGAUGAGAAAUGUAUUUUCUUUCUUUUUCCGAAAUUCAUAUUAAUGAACAAGACAUUAGAAUUGCUACUGAAGGUGGAUGAUGAUACACCACUGAGAAAAUACGAACCCGUCAGGAACUACAUUCACUUGGUGAAGACGAAAGAGAUAGAUACAAAUUUCCAUGUGAUGAAGUUCUCCUUAGUUUGCAACCUGAUUUCAUCCUUUUCCUUUUCCUUCUUCCUUCUAAAGAGAAGGAAUGUUAAGGGUGUUAGUUCCUCCAUUGGAGAAACACAAUUCGUGUUCUACGAACUGUACCUUGUGAAGCACCACUGCGACAUCGUUUUCAACAAAAAUAACGAUGUCAACAUAAUUGUAAAUGGAUCCAAGGAAUCCCACUUUGUGAAGAACAUUUUCUCUCUUGACUACUGGUUCCAGUUCCUCAAAUGGCAAAAUAACAUAAGGGGGGAAUCUCCAACAGUGCCCUUAUCCAAUCGAGACGAUAGAAAUUUCCUACGUACUCGGAAGGAAGAUACAAAGGGAGUAAUCUACAUAAAUAACCUCUACGGACUUAGCGAGAAUGAUCUAGUCAAUGUAAAAAUAUUUAUUAAGAGCGUUAAUCUGUUGCUAACCUUUGAAGAUAUAUCGAGGGAGGAUAUAACCCUUGUCCAUAUGGAUCAGAAAAUUCACUUUAGUAAGAUAUUCUUCAAUUUUUAUACCUUCCAAUGUCUGAAUAGGAAAUCUCUCGCUCGGAGGAAGCGAUGCAUAGAGUUCUGCGAGGUUCGUAGAAACAUGAAAAAGAGGCAAUCGAAGGAAAGGCAGCCAUGGGGGGUACGCAAACAUCACCGCAUCGAAUUGAUGGAUGAAAAUUCCUCCCCAAAUCGGAUUCAAAAUAACGAUAACGGCGUGGUACCAUUGUCCAAUUGGAAUGCUAAUCCAACAAGAAGGGAAAAAAACAAGCAGUGCUCAAAUGUAGUCGCCAUGGAAGAAUCAUCUUCUACCCCUUUUUCCGAUGAUCCGAAUGAAUGGAGAGAGAAGAAGAACCCACAAAUGAGGAGCACCAGCAUCGUGAAGAAGCUACUUAGAAGAGGCAUGGAAGAAUAUGUAGGGAUGCUGAAGACAGAUACACCUAACCAGAUGGGAGGAAAAACGCAUAUUCUCACAAAAAAAAAAAUUAACAUUUCAAAAAUUUACAACAUAUAUAGAUUAUUCAAGAGUAAGUUGUAUUGCCAGUACACCUCCCACUUAUUCUGUAAUUACGUGAAGAAUGUCCAUUUGUAUAAACAGUUGUUUGGCUUGUUAAAAAGCAACGUUCAUGUAGUGAGCAUGAGUUUUUCCGAUUUUUAUGAAAGGGUACUUAUCCUCAUUGAUAAUAUACGUAUCAGUAAAGAAGACGAAGGGGAUGAGAAGAAAACCUUCGAAGGGAAUAGCCACACCAUUCUUACCAAGUACAAUGAUGAAGAAACUUUUGUCAACGUAAAUAUCGAUCUCCUAAAACAGAGGGUUAUGAAAUACAAGCAUAUAUAUAACAGUCUGAAUAUUGUGCAUGCUUGUUGUCAUCUGGAGAGAGCGCGCAGGCAAAAGAACAAACGCAAAAAAAGACAAACGAUCCAAUGGGUUGCCUCCUCAAAUAGAGCCUCCAUGAACAGAGUGAGCAAGGUAACCCAUUUGGCGGAAGAGAAAAACACAAGAAGAGUUACAUUCUCCGAAAGGAGAGCUGCACGUAUUGCCAGAUCAAAUAAUUUUGCCACGAAUAGGGCACACGCACUACUGUACAGUGCAUACUAUUUUUAUAAGAGAGGGAAGGACAGCCGGCGGGGCUCCUUCGAUAGUGAGGCCUCCAACUGGGAUUACGUUGCCAACCGUGGUGAUUUCACUAAGAACGGUGCGCCCACACACCAAAUAGACAACCUCGUCCAGUUCAUCGAGCAGAUAAAAAAGCAGAAACUUCGCAAGAGGCGAAGCGAAAUUAUAAAAAACCUAUCCAUCGAAAUUGCAAGUCUGAGCCUGACCCUAGAUUAUAACUACUUCGUUAAUAUCGUGCCUCUUUGCUAUGAGUAUGUCUGCAGGCAGUGGCGUCAGUACAGCUUUGUUGGCGUUGAGGAGGCAGUGUCCGCAGGGGGGAGAGGCAACCAAGGCACUCAUGUUAACCAAGACAACCACGUUGACCAAGAUAACCACGUUGACCAAGACAACCACGUUGACCAAGCCAGUCAUGCUAACCACAGGAAUCACCGAACUUAUGGGGAUGAUGCAUUGCAGGCGCUGCAAUAUGAAGGGGAAAGCCUAAACAAAUUCGAACCCUUCGCCUACUCCCGCAGUCUGUAUAUACCCACGAGCGAAAGGAAAAAAAACUUCCUCCUGUACAUAUAUAACCUGGAUAUAAAAAAAACGAAGAUCUACAUAAACGUAAAUUAUCUUCUGAAAUUAUUGUUGACAAAAAAUUUUCUGAUGAAUAUAUCAGCCAUAAAAAUAAAAAAUAAAAAAAAGAAGAAAAUCCAAUAUAUUUUAAAAAAAAUUAAAAAAAUAUAUUUUUAUAACUACAUCAGUAUUUUUUUUUAUCUUCUUAAAAAUAUAAAUAUAUCAGAACAAUCAUCAUCGAGAGCAUUAAAUCUUUUGUCUUUUGUGGAGAGUAUUUUAAAAAAUAAUUUGCAGUUAUUGAGUCCGUUAAACAACUUAUACAGUAUUGUCGUUACGUUGAAACACAAGUGCGAACAUCAACUGGAGCAUAGCAGUGAAGCGGGAAAUAGUAUUAAGGGUGAUACAAGUUAUUCAUUAAAUAAACACAUGAAUCCCUUUUUCAAUUUCGAUUCUAAUAGGGGACUCUUAAUUUCUUCACGACAUUAUUAUGAGUACUAUAGGGAGCAGAGAGAAAACAGGACCAGUGCCUACUUGAAGAAUUUUUUCUCCAACUAUCCAACUUUUUUUUGGAAAAGUGUUUUUACAAGUCCCUUCUCCAAGGAACAGCAGCCCCAUAGCGGCACUGCGGUGCGCAAGACGCUUUUGGACGUGCUCGGCCCAGGCAUCACAGCCACCACAGCCACCACAACCAACACAACCAGCAUACAACCAACACAACAACAACACAACACAACCACCACAGGGGAUGAUGGUAACCUCCUACAGCAUCCUGCUGUAGUGGCAAGUAGUGGUAUUUCCCUGAGGAGUAAAGCCCACCUCGCUGAAGGAGACGCCAAACAGGCACGUGCACUUCAGCGGGUGCGCCCUGCCUCACGAGGAACCCCCAGAAGGGAGGAGGAAGCUAAUCGCCAGAAGCGGAAGAAGAAAAUGAAAAGGAAAAAAAAACGGGACAUCCAAAAUAUAACGCAUAUAUCCUUUACUCAUAACCUAAACAUAAGGAAGUGA